AUGACCGAAUUGGAAACGAAAGGGUAUGAAACAGAAAGCUUGAGAACAAAAUAUGACAAGGGGAAAGAAGAAUGGUUAAAACAGGAAAUAGAGGAUCAAAUUAAGGAAUUUGAAAAAAAAGGAUAUGAGAUAAAAAACUUGAGAAUAGAAAGUGAUAAAAGGCAAGUAAAAGAGAUGGUAAAUUUAUAUGACAUGGAUAAAGUCGAAUGGGAAGUACGGAACAUAGAGGAACAAACGAAGGAAUUGGAAACAAAUGGACAUGAGAAAGAAAGCUUAAGAAUAGAAAGCGAUGAAAGGAAAGGACAGGAGAUGGAAAAACAGAUGGUACAUGAAUAUGAAAUGGAGAGAGACGCAUGUAAAGAACAGGGAAAAGAGGAACACAUGAAUGAAUUGGAAACAAAAGGACAUGAGACGGAAAGCUUGAGAUCAGAAAGCUAUGAAAGGAAGGGACAGGAGAUAAAACAAAAGAUGGUAAAUGAAUAUAAAAUGGAGAGAGACUUAUGGAAAGACCAGGAAACAGUGGAACAAAUAAAAGAUUUAGGAACAAAAGAGCAUAAAACAGAGAAGCGUGAAAGAAAACAACAGAUAAAGAGCCUGAUAAUAGAAAACGAUGAUAAAAAAGGACUGAAGAUAAAACGACGAAGACUAGAAGAGACUAUGUCAGAAAAAGAUACAAUUAAUGAACAAAAUGAGAAGGCAUUUAUAGCCAAAAGUUUAUAUAUUGGACAAUACAUCUUAGUAAAGUUUGAAAGUACCAAAAAUACAAAUAAGGCACGGAAUAAAUCUCCAACGGCUGCAUCAGAAAAAGAUAAAAAGAAGCCAAAAGACAAAAAGAAGAAAGAAGAAUCGGGUUCCAGCAGUAGUGAUAGCAGCGGCAGUUCAUCUGACAGCAGUUCAUCUCGUUCUUCGUCACGGUCAUCAUCAAGCAGCUCAGGCAGUUCAUCACGCUCUUCCUCUUCCUCCAGUUCAUCCAGCAGUAGUAGCAGCAACAAUGAUCGGGCUAGGCCAAAGAAAAAGACGUCGCCUCAUAAAAGUCCUGUAAAGGAUCGUCGUGAGCCAGAAAGGGAGAAAAUAAGAGACAGAUCACCAAAUGCUGAUAAGAAGAAACUGACAUUGCCAGUCACAAAUGAUAAAUUAAAGGGCAAAGAAAAACAGGAACGAUCGCCAGGUCGCAAAAAACGUGAAAGAUCACCUCCGCCAAGACCCACUCGUAUACAUAUUGGUCGUUUAACAUUAAAUGUGACAAAGGAACAUAUUAACGAAAUAUUCUCAACAUAUGGCACAGUCAAAAUGGUAGAAUUUCCAAUGGACAGACUACACCCCCACAAUGGACGUGGUUAUGCCUAUGUGGAGUUCAGCAAUGCUGAUGAAGCAGAAAAUGCUAUGAAACACAUGGAUGGAGGUCAGAUCGACGGGCAGGAGAUCACUGCGGCGCCGGUGCUAGUGCCGUCGCGGCCGCGCCGGCCCUCGCCGCGCCCGCCGCCGCGGCACGUGCCGCCGAGACGACACUCGCCGCCACGGUACAGGCGGCGCAGUCCGCCGCGGCGCCGCUCGCCGCCGCGCCGCCGCCGCACGCGCUCGCGCUCGCCGCGCGCCGCGCCGCGCCGCCGCCGCUCCAGGUCCUCCUCCUCUUCCUCGCGAUAG